ACAAGAACAAACCCACCAUAUAUAUGUUCAUAGUGCAAUAGUAAUGACGACUCGGACGUCUUGCGAAUUGCGAUUACAUCCACAAAGGUGAUGUGAUGUUCUUUCAAAAGCGAAUCAGGCGAGAAUUUGGGGCACCAGUGACUCUCAAGGCUCCAACUUGUGGAAGAGACCAUGUCGCUCCUACUACCGCCGCGUCACGAGCGCACCCCCAGCCCUGGGGCUGAGGAUGACGAUGACUUUGCAGACUACGUUGAAAGCUCGGCGAAAGCGCAAAAUUGUGAAACCCGAGAGCGCCAGCGGGUAAUUGAUCCAUUCAUCCACCGCACCCAGCCCGAAUUGCGACGCAGGCUGGAGGAAGAUUUUGCAGGCGUUGAUGGCCGCGAGAACGAGAUUGGCUCUCGACCCAAGACCAGCGCAUCCGCCUACCGCGCGUUUGCCGCGAAGAGAUGUUUUAAAGCCGAAGGUAGCGCAAAGGUCAAGCGGCGGGACGUAGAGUUGGCCAGGCGUGAGAUACAGGAGUUCAACGACAUUGUGCGCAACUUGCAGCUUGACAUCACCAAUGACUGGACGACUCGCCUCGCAAACGAUGCCGCGCUAGCUAGAUAUCUCAAAGAGCAUCCCAAUGCGCCCGCUGGAACGCCGCCAAAGCUCGGGAAGGCUCGGGAGGUGCUGGCUAUAGAGCCUGCGAUGCCAGCGUUAUCAGCGACGAGGGAGCCAGACCAUGAGUCCCUUUGGACAUCUGCAGACAUAUUGAAGGCAUCGCAGGAACGAGACUUAUGGCGGAAAGCGUCAGCUCAUCGAGAAGACUGCUUUUGGCCUGUGCUGCCAGCAGAGAACGCUGUUCAGGCAGCUUGGACCUUGGGUGACGAGGUGGAAGCGAUCGUUGAAAGGCGAUGGAGACGUGCUGUGAAUAUGCACCUCUCGCAGCAGAGUAAAGCUCAGCACCCACAGGGCUCUGAAGGACCAAGCAAAACUGUCGCGCCAGCGGUUGGAGACAAUUCCAAAGACGGCCAUCCUCAAUGGCCAUCUGCUACGCGACAGCCUUUGCGGGGUUCGCAAACACCACAGGACGGCCGUUCGCAGACGUCGCCAUCACUGGCUUCCAUAUAUGACAGUGAGCCGUCUCAAGGGCAACGCGAACCCGAGGGCGCCAAUCAGCCGCACCAGCAUACAGCUUUGCAUCGUCACUUCGAGCAGUUGGACGUACCUGGUGCCAUCUUGGACCCCAUCCUCACUUCGACGCAGCUUCACCUGCGACGAGUAUUGCAUUUGCUGCCUGGAAUAAUCCACAGCAGGCAAAGGCACUUAGUGACCGCGGCUCGCGCUACACUCAACUGGAGAGACAUUCUGCAGGUCCUAGCGGUGAACACUGCGCCCAGGAAAGGGUUUCUCGCUAUGCCCUCUCCGAUCGCACUCAGUUCUCAGCAGAAGUCCGUUCUUCAGAAAACCGAAGCGAGGCUGCGUGCAAUCUACGGAGAUCCGCAGCCGAGACACGAAGGUCCAAGCAAAGACCGUGGAUCUAUUCCGCUAGGUGUGAUAUCAUCUGUCGAUCGCUUCAUAUUCGACACUUCGUACCUGCAAGAUGUCAUCUCGGGUACAUUUGAGUCGCCAUUAGCAAGCACGCCGCCUUCGGAACAGACGAACAAGAAGCGCAAACGAUAGCGUUUUUUUGGAAGACGGACGCCCGUGCGAAAGGCAUUUGCCUAGCGCACGGAAUUUCGCCUUCUGUUUGCGCUUCCAUCGCCCUGUUGUUGAAACCAAUGACUUGCGAGCUAUAUCAUUGAUCCUUUGGCA